ACGCAGAACCAUAAAUGAAGCGCUGCUCUGAACCAGCGCUGCUGCUGCUUCGGGCGGACUCGAGAAACGACUGCUGCGUUCAGCGACCAGGGCUUCGGACACCGGCCUAAAACAAGAACAUAGUGUGGAAACCAAUCACGCCACCACGGAUUUUUUAUGGGAUAAACGUACAGGCCUCGCUGCUAAAACGAUGCCUCACAAUCGACGGUACACGUCUUCUGAUAGAGACAGCCGAAGCAGCUACCAAGACCGUUACAGAGACAGAGGACGAAGACAUCGGCACAGAAGAUCACCCACUAACUCAUCCAGCAGUGACAGAGACCGCGACAGAAGGGGACGGGGACACAGACAGGAAGGGAGUUAUGUUCGAUCAAGGAGUCGCAGCUUUGACAAUCGCUCAAUGGAACACCGAGCAUUUGAUCGGAGAUACUGCGAGGGAUACAGACGACUGGAUCCGAGUCGUGAUCGGGAUAGGGAGCCACACGGAGCAGCUGAAAGCUAUUAUCCACGAGACUUUUCCCCCAACCUGUACGACUACCGACGUGGCCGCGAGAGAGAGCGCGAGCGGGACAAGUCGUACCAGCGGAAAGGCAGCAGGCGUAAGCACAAACGAAGGCGGCGUAAAACCAGGUCCUAUAGCGCAUCCUCCUCGCGGAGCAACAGCCGGACACGAGCACUGAGUGUGAGGGACGACGAGGAAGGGCACCUGAUCUGUCGGAGUGGGGACGUCCUGCAAGAGAGAUACGAGAUUAUCAGCACUUUGGGUGAAGGCACCUUUGGAAGAGUAAUGAAAUGUAUUGACCAUCGCAGAGGAGGAACUCAUGUUGCUCUGAAAAUCAUCAAGAACGUAGAGAAAUAUAAGGAAGCUGCUCGACUGGAGAUCAACGUAUUAGAGAAGAUAAAUGAAAAGGACCCUGAUAACAAAUUUUUGUGUGUCCAGAUGUACGACUGGUUCGACUACCACGGUCACAUGUGUCUCUCUUUUGAACUGCUAGCGCUGAGCACAUUUGACUUUCUGAAGGAAAACAACUACCUGCCGUAUUCAAUCGGUCAGGUCAGACACAUGGCCUACCAAAUCUGUAUUGCUGUGAAGUUUCUCCAUGACAAUAAGCUGACACACACGGAUCUAAAACCAGAAAACAUCCUGUUCGUCAACUCGGACUUCACAAUGUCUUACAAUGUGGAGAAGAAACGAGAAGAGCGGACAGUUAAGAGCACGGCAGUGCGAGUGGUCGACUUCGGCAGUGCUACUUUUGACCACGAGCAUCACAGCACGAUUGUGUCUACACGACAUUACCGGGCCCCGGAGGUGAUACUAGAGCUGGGCUGGAGUCAUCCCUGUGAUGUGUGGAGUAUUGGCUGUAUCCUGUUUGAGUACUACUUAGGCUUUACCUUGUUUCAGACUCAUGACAACAGGGAGCAUUUGGCCAUGAUGGAAAGAAUCUUGGGACCGGUGCCCUCGAGGAUGAUUCGUAAGACUAGGAAGCAAAAGUAUUUCUACCGAGGCCGUCUGGAUUGGGACGAGAGCUCCUCAGCAGGAAAAUACGUCAGAGAAAACUGCAAACCCUUGCGGCGGUAUCUGCUGUCGGAGGCGGAGGAGCACCACCAGUUAUUUGACCUCAUUGAAAGCAUGCUGGAGUACGAGCCCUCCAAGAGGCUGGCGCUGGCCGACUCCCUCAAACACCCCUUCUUUGAGAGCAGGAGCGUUAGUGAGGCGGCAGGCAGUAAGAACUGGGAAGUGAACCGGGACAUCAGCCGGUGACCCCUAAGUCUGCAAAGACUGAGUGAAAGAGGAAAAACCUUUUCCAUGUGGAGCAGCUGAACUAUUAAAUGACCUGGGUCUUAAGAGAUUUUCUGUCAUUUGUCAUUCAAGCAUGGACCUCCUACUCCUCCAUCCUGUCCCUGGGACAUCCACCUCUGCAGCUCCGGGAGAAAUGUCUCAGCAGAGUCUGAAUUAAUCCACAAAAGGCCGUGGAAGAGUCGUGAAUUUGUCACUGAGGUCACAGCCUAGUUACAGGCAACGUCUUGGAUGGAAAAUUGUUUAUACCCAAAGUUGCUCUCCAUUCUUCUCUUUUCUUUUCUUCAUUUUCACUUGUGUGAACACCUUUCUGUCCUCCGUCCAACUGGCUAUUACUUUCAUCAGCUUUUUUUGAAGAAAAUAAUACAACAAUCGAUCAUUGAGGGGGAAAAACUCACUUUCGGGAGAAUAAAUGUCAUUUCAGUUCUGAAGUUUUAAGGAAACAGUAAAGAAGAUGACGGUGUACGUGUAGCCCGGUGCCAUUCCUAAGCACUUGUACUUUUGAUUAUGGAGAGAUGAUUAAAAGAUUAAGUCAAUAAGAUGGAAUGUUGCAUUUUCUAGGAAAGUGAUACUACCGGUAUCUCCAGCAGAGACAAGUGUCUAAGUUUUUGUUAAAGUUGUGUAGUGAGCACUUGCAUUACAAAUUCUUCUUUUCUUGGUUCAAGCAAUUUUCCUGUGAAUGCUGACUGUAAUUUCGUGGCUGCUGGUCACACUCGUUUGUAAAGGGUUGAUGGUGACGGACACUCGGCUCUCAGGCCUCUGUAGCUGGACUUGUUGAUAGGUAUAUAGAUAUAUAAAUAUAUAUAUAUACGUUUGUUAUAUUUUGCAAUGUUUUCUAAAUGUGAGUGAGUGCGUGGGUGUGUGUGCGAGUAGGGGUGUGUAUGAAGUUGUUGGCAUGUUCAUGAUCUGCUAGUUUAGUUUAGCAUCAGUCAUGGGAUCUUUCUCAUACAUUUUAACACAAAUGGCCUUUUCCAAUUUGACUUUAUCAGACCCGAAGUCUUUAUAUUAAUGUCAAGCACACAGCUCUUGUUGAUGGUAUUUAUUUUAAUUUACAAUAUAGGUCAUAAUGCCCUGACUCCCCCCUACAUGUACAUGACUUGUUUUUGUAUGAAAUUAAUGCAUAUAAAAGUGUAUAUAUGUAUUAUUGUGUAGAAUUAAAGUUCUCUUG